GAAGUUGCGCGUGAAAGGGACCGGGAUGGCGUCGCCGGCCUCUUCCGCUUCCGGGCGCCGCGUGCCUUCCUCCUCUACGGGUGCUUGGGAUGGCUGCUCGCGGUGCGGAGACCCCAGCGGGAUUCGGAGAGUAAUUGCAGCUUCUUUGAAUGUGCAAUUCACAUGUCAAAGCAGAAGAAGAGCAUCAAGAUGUCUGCUCAAGAAGGGAAGGGCUCUGUCCGUAAGUCUAAGCAAAUGACUAUAAAAACCUCUUUAAACAAUCCCUAUGCUCUCCGGUGGUGCACCCUGGAAGGAGAGGACAUGCAUUUCAUAUUGGAAACCUUGGAAGAGGUCAUGAAACAGCUUGCUUUUAAAAAGAUAGCAUUUCGGAGGAGGAAGAAACCCUGUUCUGGGCAAAAGGAAAAGAAAAAAACGCUCUGUGCUGAAGCCAUCAAGCUUCAAGAGAAAAAUGAAACUGAAGACGAUAAGGCACAUGGGUGGACUGACUUGCAAGUGAGGGACCAGCUUGCUGUUGGGAUCAAUGAAGUAACUAAAGCAUUGGAAAAAAACGAACUGCAGCUUGUGCUGGUGUGCAAAUCGGCAAGACCUGCCAUGCUGACAUCUCACCUUAUCCCACUCAGUGUAAGUCGAGCCAUCCCAGCUGUUCAGGUGCCACGGCUGAGUGAAAGACUAGCACCAGUUCUUGGGUUAACGUCCCUCCUAGCCCUGGGAUUUAAAAGGAACACGGACGCAUUUGGAGAGGUAGCCAAGGUGAUUAUUCCACGAAUGCCUCAUUUGGAGGUGCCAUGGAUUCCUGAACAGUCCCCAGGAAGCGAAGAAGACACUGAGCUAACAGACUUGACAGCGGUUGAGCUUCCAGAAUCAAACCCAGAAGGCGGCUCUCCUAGUCAGAAGCGGAAAAGAACAGAGAUCAGCCAGCUCGCCUCUCCUGUCAUAAGGCUGCAAGGGCUGAAGGUUAAAAAAAUAGUUCCCAAUCCAAACAAGAGAAGGAAGCUUCCAAAACCAAAAAAACGUAUUUCAAAGUGACCAAUUGUAUUGGCUGCCGUCCUCCUGUAUAUUGUUUGUCAGUUUAAAAAAAAAACCUACGUGAUAUUAAAUCGAUAACUUGUUCAGCAGUUAAAACCAUAUUACUUUACAAGGUCAUUGAGGUUUCUGCUGUGGUUCAAGCUGAUGACUUGCUGUUGUUUUCCAGGCCAUGUGUAAAUUUACAAAGACACUGUUUAGUACAAAGGUGUUUUAGAUGGAACAUAAUUAUUCAAAACAAAAGUGUAUGAAAGUGAUACAUUUAUUCAAACAUCCAUCUGUGCUAUAGGUUUAAUAGUUGUGCAUCUGUUAGAUGCUGGAGUUGCAAACAUCUGUAAUUUUGAGAGCACAGUGUUCUUUUUUCCCUUUUUAAAUUUUUUUUCACUAUUAGAUAGUUGCCCUUGUAAUCAAAUAAUUCAUGCAGAACUGAUUCUAUGCAUUUUGCUUUUAACAUUCAGAUGCUUUCUUUAGCAUGUCUAUUCGUCCAAACACCUGCAGUAAGGAGACUAUCUGAAGUUCAGAUUUGAUGCCAGGACUCAUGAUCUUACAGAUCUCAUGAUGCAGAUUUCCUAAACAGAGAUUACAACUUUACCAUGUUCAGAUUAAUAACAUGCCAUUGAAUCCAAAACCUUAGCAGCUACUAAAAUAGUGCAACGUAAACAGUUCUUUAGAGUUUAAACUUCCUUCAGUACACUGCUGUAGUAUAAAAACUAAAAUAAAGUUACAGUAUAAGAAAUUGGGAAUGAAUAGCAACAAGAACUGAAUAAAAUUUUUAGGAUAUAUAAUUAAUUACAGACUGUGCUUUUACAUGGCAUUAAACCGCAGGGGGAUAAUUUAUAGCCCUGCAGAUGCUGUUGGAGUGGAUCUCCCAUCAGCCCAAACCUGCAAGAGGAUGCAUGUCCCCCCACAUUUAUUAUUUUAAUAUAUAUGGACAAAUGUUCUAGAUUGUAAGAGAAUGUGCUAUGCAUGCAAAUUAUGCCAAUGCACAUUGUGCCUUGGUGAGAGAUGAUGAGAGGUGUAGUUCAGCAACAUCUGGAGUCUAUACAUUUUCUCUUACGAAACCAUUUUCUUUCCCCCCACGGCCAGGUUUUAUGUGGAUAAAACUUUGCAAACUUAAAAAGAAACAUUGUUUACAUGGUUUUAUGACUAGUGAAAAUGUACAAAUCAUGAACAGUGCUGGCUUUGUUAUUAUGUAGUCUACUCAGUUGCUCAACAAAUCAACUACUGUAUAAACCCUGGAUUAUUUCGGCAUGGUUCAUAAACUAGAA